AUGGCUUCCCAGACCAAUUCUUACACGGCGCCAAUGUCACCGUCCUCAGCCACUCCUCCUUCUCGUCGGGGAUGGUGGUCACGACCAAUAGUGACUUUGCCGGCAGAGCAUGAUCGUGAAUCCACUUGCCAUGAAUUUACGGUUGCCAGUAUACCCUUUUGUAGCGGUAUAUUCACUACCCUUGCCGUAGUGGUAUGUAUCUUUCACUUCAUGGACAAUUCUCACUGCGACGCCAAAUUCACAAUCCAAUCCAUCGCCGUCUAUCCAUCCUCUGCCACAUGGCACGUUGAUUUUCUUGUCAAAAACCCGAGAUCUAGGUAUACUAUCUACUACGGAGACGAUGAAACUGCGGUGAAGCUCGGUCCCUUAAACGCUGCCGUUAUAAAUACUUUUUACUAUCGUAAGUCUCGAAGUCACACGGUUUUCUCAGUGGAUUUCGAUGCCGAGGGUAAUCCGAACGGCGACAUUUUUAAACAGCUAUAUGUCAAAUUAAGGGCUAAGCAUAUAGGUGAUCACAUAGAUGAUGAUGACGCAGGACAUGUUGAUAUAAGACGCAUUUGUUACGUGGAGCUUUUUGCCAACUCCGUCUCCAUCUCAAACACAAACGCUUCCGCCGCUGACUGGAGGGUCGGUUUCGUUGCGAGGAGUCCAGUCACUAACUGCAAAGUCUCUCUACAGACACUCAAGUCGCGUUUACUCCGUGGCGACAAAGUUAUGUCCGAUUCAUUAUCCCAAUCGUCUGGAUGUUCCGGACAAGUUUUGACGAGAGACAAAACAAAUGUCGUUUUCGAGAAUGUAGUGAUGCCGGAAGUUAUUGACGACGUUAUAUGGGAUUUUCGUGUUGAUAUUGUGUCUAAAGUGAACACAAAUGUUGGAGAUGUAACAGUUUUUAUGAUGGCCACUUGUCCCGAUAUCCCGGUUAAAUUCACGACGGAUCCGGCCGGAAAGGUGAUGGGAUCGUUGCAUGGAAAUAUGAGACGGUGUGAUUAUAUAUUCCGGUGUAACUUGGGUAAUUAUCUCCAACCAUGA